GAGGGGAUAGAGCUGGAGGGGCGGGGUGUGGGGUACGCUGGGCUGGUGGGGAAGCCGGGUCCUGUGUGAGCGGGUCUCUUCGGGCUUGUGUGGCGCAGAAGGGACAGCCCUAAGUCUGGGGGAGAGAAUCCCUGCCCGUGAGACCCGCCUUCCCCGGCCCGAGCCCCUCCCAGUUCCCCCAGCGACAGCCGCUUCCUGGUCCCCGUCGCAACCAUGGCUGAAGAACAACCCCAGGUUGAAUUGUUCGUGAAGGCUGGCAGUGAUGGGGCCAAGAUUGGGAACUGCCCCUUCUCCCAGAGACUGUUCAUGGUGCUCUGGCUCAAGGGAGUCACCUUCAACGUCACCACUGUUGACACCAAGAGGAGGACGGAGACAGUGCAGAAGCUGUGUCCAGGAGGGCAGCUCCCAUUCCUGCUGUACGGCACGGAAGUGCACACAGACACCAACAAGAUUGAAGAGUUCCUAGAGGCGGUUCUUUGCCCUCCCAGGUACCCCAAGCUGGCAGCUCUGAACCCUGAGUCCAACACGGCGGGGCUGGACAUAUUUGCCAAAUUCUCUGCUUACAUCAAGAAUUCAAACCCAGCACUCAAUGAUAAUCUGGAGAAGGGGCUCCUGAAAGCCCUGAAAGUUUUAGACAAUUACUUGACAUCCCCCCUCCCAGAAGAAGUGGAUGAGACCAGUGCUGAGGAUGAGGGCAUCUCUCAGAGGAAGUUUCUGGAUGGCAAUGAGCUCACUCUUGCUGACUGCAACCUGUUGCCAAAGCUCCACAUAGUACAGGUGGUAUGUAAGAAGUACAGGGGAUUCUCCAUCCCAGAGGUGUUCCGAGGAGUCCAUCGGUACCUGCGCAAUGCCUAUGCUCGGGAAGAGUUUGCCUCCACCUGUCCAGAUGAUGAGGAGAUCGAGCUGGCUUACGAGCAAGUGGCCAAGGCCCUCAAAUAAGUGCUUUCUGAGGCUCCGUCUCCCUCUGCACAAAGGCAGCAGCUGGUUUCCACGUGGCUAUCCAAGGGACACACUCCAAAACAGCCAGUGGGCAGAGAAUCCUGGAGCACUUGUGCAGGGCUGGCUGGGGGGCUGAAGGGAAAGAUGGGGAAUCUAGGUAAGAUUUUUAUUGUGGGGUGGUGCGGGUAGGACAAUGUAUUUCAGUAAUAAAAUACAGAAUGAAAAUAAAGUGUCGUUUUACACAAAGGGGUCUUGAGUGUGGCUAACACGGGAAUGAGAGGUGGGUCAGUGACCUUGAGCUCAAGGCAGAAGCGAGGAAAUUAGGAGAGGGGUAUUGGUGGUCAGGCUUCCAUUCUUCGUGCCGGUCCACCGUAACGCUGUCUUGUGGUCCAUGUCGCGUUUGCAGCCCAGCCGCCGGGGCCAGCCAGAUCUGGGUGGGCCUGGGCAACACUCACGGGGCGGGGCCAAGUUCUGAGGAGGGGAGCGAAGUCCCCCUGGAGUGGGCGCGGCGUAGCAGGGCGGAAUGGGCGUGGUCUCUAGGAGCCCCGCCCCGUCCCGCUUAGACAAUGCCCGGGAGCCGCCAGACCGUCGCGCCCCCGCCCCACCGUAGUCCUUGAGCUCGCCUACCCAGGGACCCCUCAAAAGCAAAGAGCUCCAGUCCCCGAGGCUUGAAGACUAGGACUCCCUUCUCCAACUCUGUCCUCAGGGGGGUGGGGCCCCAGCCAAGAUCACAGAACGCAGGAGUCGGGGUGGCAACUGGAGGUAAGU